UGCUGGGAGUUUACAGUACAGUGGAUGGACAUUUUCACUGGUCUAAACGGGGCUGCAGGUACAGCUCUGAGGAUCUACAUGACAUGGAGUUCAUAGAGAAUUACAUUUACGACAAGAUUAUGUACCAGCAGUUUAACAGCACUCUGGGGAAGUUUAUAGGAUACACUGAUUAUGGCAUCAAAAACGUAGAGAGACUGAACAAAGACACCGCAGACCUGGCAGCGCGGAAAGCCAAUGUGGACGGUUACUGUAAACAUAACGUUAAGAUUUUCCAAGAUCUCAUCUUUGAUGAAACGGUUGAGCCUCAGGUGAAGGUUCACUCAGUGAAGAAGUCAGACGGCACUCACCCGGCCAUGUUGAUGUGCAGCGCUUACAGCUUUUACCCAAAGCUCAUUAAACUGACGUGGAUGAGAAACGGUAAGGAGAUUGAAGGAGGUGUGACGUCCACGGAGGAGAUGACUGAUGGAGACUGGUACUAUCAGGUCCACUCACAUCUGGAGUAUAAACCUGAAUCUGGAGAGGAGAUCUCCUGUGUGGUGGAACACGCCAGCUUCAAAAAGCCCAUGAGCUAUAAGUGGGAUCGCUCCAUGUCUGAAUCUGAUAAGAGUAAGAUCGCUAUCGGGGCUUCAGGUCUGGUGUUGGGGGUCGUGCUCUCAGCUGCUGGGUUCAUCUACUACAGGAAGAAAUGCUCAGGACGCAUCCUGGUGCCGACAUAAACACUGGUGAAUCUCACUGUGUUGAAGGGGUAGCUCAGUGGUUAAGGCAUUGGACUAUGGUUCGGAAGAUCCCAGGUUCAAACCCCACAACCACCAAGUUGCCACUGUUGGGCCCUUGAGCAAGACCCUUAACCCUCAACUGCUCAGAUGUGUAAUGAGAUAAAAAUGUAAGUCGCUCUGGAUAAGAGCGUCUGCCAAAUGCCUAAAUGUAAAGGGGAACAUGUUUGAUGAGGGGGAACACUGGAGGUUUUGCUGACAUUGUUUUAUCUGUUCCUGCUCUGUAAUGAAAAGUCCUUUCUGAUCUAUUAGGUUUUAAUGUGUGCAUCGGCCUUUACAUUUUGACCAGCUUCAUGUAACAUAAUGAUGACAAAUAACUGUAUGAGGUUUAUUGAUUAUAUGCUUUAUAAUAAUCCAGUGGGUCACACAGAAGAGACAUUUGACAGACUGAGGAAACCUGCUUUUAAAGAUAAACACAUUAAUGAUUACUUUCCAAAUAAUUCUAUACAUAAAGAUGUGCAUGAAUUAUUACACAGCCAUCAUGAAGUCUUUUUUUUUUUUGUUGCCAAAAUAGACUUUCAUUAUUGAAGCUUUAGCGCCUGGAUUUUGACUGGAUUGUGUUUCCUCUAAGUAAUAACUUUAAUUUUCUGUUGUUGUAUCAUCAUAGCUUGUUAUUGAUUCUGUAUGUACACUGUCUCUUAUUAAACUUUAGACUUUAAAGUUGUAAAAUAAAUGGAUGUCACUUCUU